ACCCUAUGCACAAAUAGCUUAAACAUUUUUUAAGCCACAAAUCUAUCAAAUAAAAUUCGGUUAAGUUCACAGUGGAAAUGUCGUGUUGAGUAGUGUAAUGGGUCCGGAGGUUCAAUGCGGCUCCGCGAGCGCGAGAGCACACGUAAUGCUUACCAAAAUGGACGUUAGCCCUGCGGCUAGCCUAGCUUGCCGCUGAUCAGGACUGUUCCGAUUCGUUCCAGCGACGUUGCUUUUUUGAUUUGCUCUGAUCAGCUGUUGUGCCUUAUAAUUUGGCCCGUCGGUGCUUUUCCGCCCUAUUAUAUGAAUGUAAACCAGGGGUCGGCAGGGCCUUUGUGACAUUUCGCCAGUUCGAUUUCCUGCGAAGGCGACUCUAUCAGAAAGAGUGGGUGUGAUUCACUUAAAAAGUUAAAUUGUGUCGCCUAGUGUAAUCAGAGUUUUCAAUUAAUGCCUGCUAAAGGCCCAGAUCUGAAUUCCAUUAAAAAUCCCAUUAGGAUUAAUUUAAUAAUUCAUUAAUAUUAUUUAUAUAGAAACACAAAACAGUGUUACCAUUCAGCAUGUAACGCUGGUCACACUUACCGCUUGCGUAAAAUAUGACAAAUUCGAAACCAAUUUACUAAGCUUAUAAAACGUUAAAUUGCAUUAAUAUUUUGCAUAUUACAUAAAGGUUUUGAUAACAAAUAUAACAUAUAUUUGGGUCGGAAGGGAUCCUUAAAAUCUAACGUGAGCACCCCAGAUAUUUUCCCAAAAAAUUCGUAAUAGAGUGACCCUUUUUCAAUAGAGAUACCGUUCACUAGCAACCCGUAAAAAAAACCUGUUACAACCCCCUUUACCCAGUAACACCCCUUGGUAUCUUAUCCUGUAAAACCAUCCUUUUAAUUGAAAAAAAAAAUAGGCAUAUGUAAAGAUACACAAUUCGUAUUUAAAAAUGCCAAUAGGAAGUAUAAUAAAAAAAGCAUCCAGCUUUAUACUCGGUGAAGAAAUAAUUGAUAAAAAAAUCGAUAUUUCUUACGAAGACAACGAAAUUCUAUUUUGCAAGAACAAUGUAUGCAUUCAUCCGCCAACAAUCGCACGUCAUGAAUUUGAUAUAUUGCACAACCCAGGUUAUUUAACAUGCACUACAAAAACAUUCGUUGAUCAGUAUAACUGUGCUAAAAGACCUACUCUUCUUCUCACAUGGAUUCCAAAUUCUUCCCUAUGUAAAUAUACGACUUCGUCUAAGGCAGAUUCCAGCGAAAGUUUCAGUCCCAUGAGAAAGAGUGCUGAUUUAACCAAUAAACAGUGUUUUUUAGCGGUGUCUCAAACGGGUAAUGAAAGCGUCAUCCGAGAGGAAGAUGAUGAGGCGUCGGAAAUGCAAGAACUAAAAAAUGAGCUACAGCCUCUGCUCGGCGGACAAACUGCUUCAAUAGAUGAUUUAACAGCGCUCCUAAAGAAUAACCCAAUAACUUCGGUGAAUAUAACCAUUUCGAAUCCGCAGAUCGAAAACACCAAUAUUUCGCAAUCAUUCAACUGUAUAACGAUAAGGACAGACGAAGACAACAGCAGUGACUACUUCAUAGGACCCAGGGGCCAUUUAAACUCCGUUGGUCAGACAUCUGAUGACAACAACCCAAAGUGGAUGACCCCAGAACUACUUGCCUUUAAGCACAACUUAGAGUUCCCAGAUAGUGAAAGCACGAUGGCCGCCGCCCGCCGAAAUACCGCACUAAAGUGUCGUCAUUUUUCCGUAGAUUUAAGUCAAAUGAGAUCACUACGCCUCUUUUUCAAUGACAACAACUGCACAUCGGGUCAGCUGGUGAUUGCGUCUCGAGAGUCGCAGUACAAGAUACUCCAUUUCCAUUAUGGUGGUUUGGAUCACUUGGCCCAGGUGCUUCAUCAGUGGCAUUGUUUUCUGCACAACAUCACUUUGGACAAUUUUCCAGAAAAAUUCGAUCUGCCAUACAGGCAUUUUAUGGUCUGUCGACCUGAAGUCAAGAAAUCAGAAAUGCAUCCCGAUGAGGGCGACGUUAAGAAAAUAACUACGAACUUUUUCUAUGGCACAUUGUUAAACGAAAAAGGACAGAUCGAAGAUGAUUUGCUUCUUCGCAAAUGUGUAUUUUUUGGUGGCCUUGAAAAGAGCCUGCGAAAAACGGUAUGGCCAUUUUUAUUAAAGUGCUAUUCCUUUUCGUCGACAUUUGAAGAUCGAGCAGUCCUUAUGGACAUUAAGCGACAGGAGUACGACGAAAUUACACGAAGGCGUCUAUACUCAAUGUCUCCAGAGCAACAAGUACACUUUUGGAAAACCGUACAGUGUGUUGUUGAAAAGGAUGUUGUGCGUACAGACCGCACCAACCCUUUUUUUUGCGGUGACGAUAAUCCCAAUACCGAGGUUAUGAAAAACAUUCUGCUCAACUUUGCUAUUUAUAAUGCUGGGUUGUCCUAUUCCCAGGGUAUGAGUGAUUUACUAGCGCCUAUAUUAUGCGAGGUGCAAAAUGAGUCUGAAACAUUUUGGUGUUUCGUAGGAUUAAUGCAACGUGCAUUUUUUGUGUGCACUCCCACAGACAGUGACGUUGACCAUAAUCUUAGUUAUCUGCGAGAGCUUAUAAGGCUAAUGUUGCCACGUUUUUAUGAACAUUUGGAGCAUCAGAACGAUUCUAUGGAGCUCUUAUUUUGUCACCGAUGGCUUUUGCUUUGUUUCAAGCGAGAGUUUACCGAAGCUGUCGUAAUUCGUAUGUGGGAGGCCUGUUGGUCGAACUAUUUGACUGACUACUUUCAUCUAUUUCUUUGCUUGGCCAUCAUAGCUGUCUAUGCAGAUGACGUGAUAGCUCAAGGAUUACGCGCGGACGAAAUGCUAUUGCACUUCAGCUCCCUGGCCAUGUAUAUGGAUGGACAGCUGAUUCUUCGAAAAGCUCGUGGUCUACUACACCAAUACCGUCAAAUACCCAAAAUUCCGUGUACGUUAAGUGGCCUUUGUAAGCGAUGUGGACCUGGUAUGUGGGACUCUGAGCAUCGACCUGCACUUGAGUGUGUCGGGCAUAGUGAUGACGAGAAAUGUUCUCUUUCGAUUGACUAGCUGAUUGCCAAUUCCAUUAAUUUACAAAAUAUUAGCAUGUUGAUGGAUUUUUCAUUUUCAAUACCAGUAAUGGUCGUAUUCCACUACACUUCAGGACUAAUCUACUAUGAAAAACUGACGACGAUACAUUUGUGUUAGGUUGGAUUAGCCAAUUUAUUAUUUCAGAGUAAGCAUUUAUAUUUUAUCUGAUGCCGCGCUGCCACCAGAUUGGCUAAAAAAGUAACCUAAAGUAUAUAUUUCUCUGCUUGCUUCAUGCUUUUCGCCAUAUGGUUUUUGUAUCUGGGCUGACUGCUUUAACUUCAAGUGUAGUGGUAUUCGACCAUUAGCAUUGCAUGUACCCAUAUUGGCGGACACACACUAUUAUUAAUAUUAGCAUUAAUUAAAUUUUACUUUAUUUUAAGCUUGGAAAAAAAACGGUUUUUCUUUAAAAGUUCUAGCCAUGACUAAUUUAUGUUUGGAAAGCAAAGUAAAAAGCAUCUUCGACCCCACAAAUUAUAUUAUUACCAACUACUUAUAUUAUUAUUAAAACUGUAAUAUGAACGAUCGACCAAAAAUUAAGUCGUAAGAAAACCCUUUGCUUAAAAUAUAAAUUAAUUAAACCUGCAUUCAAAUAACUCACAAGGCGUUGGUCCAAAAAAAAUUACUAUUUCAUGUAGCUCCUCUACAGAAGAUCGGAAAUAGAGUGAUGAUAAUACGUUUUUUCUAUGAAAAUAACCCAAGUACCUUUCGCAUUUCUGUUUAUAUGACUCAGUAAGACCAUGAUUUUCUUUCUUGACGUCUCAAAUAUGGCUAAUGUGUGUCAAUUUCCCAAUAGAAGGUUCACCGAUCAAAUUAUGUUGGCUUGAAAAAAUGUUCUAUUAUUAUUCCGUGAUUUGAGAAAGAACGCAGAUGUGAGACUGGGCAGAAACGCUGGUAGGCUAACAUCAGGGAAGUUGUUUUGCGGUCGUUCAUUCCCAUUGAAGCUACAUGUAUACUACAGUGCCACGAUCUACCGUGAUAUAAAGAAAUCUAUGUGGCGAAGUUUGUUUCAUUGGGGUUUUCAUAUAGAUUUUUUGUUUUCUACAAUUCAUUAUAACCAACUUGUACCGCAAACUUUUUUUUUACCACUAAGAAAAAUUGAACAAUUAAGGAAUAAAAAGUAUAUUUAUGUUCACAUAUUAUUAUAGUCCACCCAUUUAUGUACUGUAUGUCUGAUGUAAUGAAUACAAAAUGUAGUGGAACUUGGUCUCAACACAUUGCUUAAAUGCUUAUGUUAUAAAAAUGUGUGUUUGUUAAAAUUGUUAUAAAAUAUGAACGUAUUUAAAGUUAUGUUCGCAAGAUAUCGACAGAAGAAAUAAAGUGCUAAAGGCAUACAAAUAGGUCUCAUAUUAAAUCUGUGAUGGUUGAUUGAAA